UUCUUAUUGAUAAUAAAAAUUAAUACACAAUAUAUUUAUUAUAAAUUAUACAUCUUAAAUUUAUAAUAAUUUGAUCUGAAUUAUUCUAAACACUUUCUAAUGUAUUUAAUAUUCCAGAAGUUAAAUGGCCUCGGCUGCAAUGUCACCAACUGACGAUGACGAGCUUACUCUUCCUCGUGCAUCAAUUAAUAAAAUAAUCAAGGAAAUCUUGCCUCAUGUGCGAGUGGCAAACGAAUCCAGAGAGCUCAUCUUGAACUGCUGUACAGAAUUCAUUCACUUACUGUCUUCCGAAGCAAAUGAAAUUUGCAAUCAACAACAAAAGAAAACUAUAAAUGCGGAACAUGUUCUACAAGCACUUGAUAAAUUAGGUUUUGGUGAUUACAAUGCAGAAGCAGAAGCUGUAUUACGUGAUUGCAAAGCUGUAGCAGCUAAAAGAAGACGUCAAAGUACUAGAUUAGAAAAUUUGGGAAUUCCAGAAGAAGAAUUAUUACGACAACAACAGGAGUUAUUUGCUAAAGCAAGAGAGGAACAAGCAGUCGCAGAACAGCAACAAUGGCAACAAUUACAAGCUGUUACGCAAAUGGCAUCCAUGCAGCAAGGUGACAGCGAACAAGAAGAUUAUUCAUAAAGGAAUUCAAACAAUAGAAUUCGUUUGUAAAGUUUUUUUUUUACUUGAAAAAAGA